AUGGGAGCUCCGCGAAGGAAACCACUUAUCAAGAGUAGGAGGGUGGUGGAGGACGAAGGAGAAGAGGAGGAGGGUUCCGCAGCAGCAGCUGUAGAGGAAGACUCGCUGAGUGAGGGCUCGAUAAUCAGCGAUGCCGACGACGAUGCAGACGGAGAGGGAAGUGACGAAAGUGAGCUAGACGCAUCUCGAGAGGAAGUCAUAAGGCCUACCCCGUUACAGAAUGGCCAUCAUGAGAAAAGCGAGCAGGUGGCCCCUGAGCAGGCACCAGAUGCGACAGGUACGGCGCUUUUGAACACUUCGAAAGAUACUGAGGCCAUGAUGAAUGGUCUCAAGAUAUCCGAUAAUGCAGAGACUGAGGGUGUAGAUUUUGAUGAUUUGGCACAGCAUCAACGUGAAGAAUCAGGUAUCUCCCAUCAAGAGAGUGCGAUCGACAGGAGACGGAGAGAACACGAGGAGUACAGAAAGAAGAGAGAUGCAGAUCCUGCGUUUGUGCCUAACCGUGGUGGAUUCUUCAUGCAUGAUCAUCGAUCAGCCGGACCUGGGCAAAAUGGCUUUCGACCAUUCGGUAGGGGGCAAAUGAGAGGGCGUGGAGCAUUUCGAGGUCCUUUCCAAGAAUCCAGAGUUACCCAAUACUCAGGACCAGCUGAUGCCCCUUGGGCCCACGACUUGCAUGAUAGUGUCACAAAACCUGACACAACACAGUCAAAUAUACAAUCCGCAGGCCCAGACAAGGCUUCGAAUACUUCGUAUGGGCAGUUGACUGCAGCAUCGCCCGGCCCUUCAGGACCUCCCAACCGCACAUUCUCCACAACGACUCGACUCGGCGAAGUGCAGGUGAGAAUCCUGCUGCAAGGCAUGUCAGAAUCAAAAAUUAUAUCCGGUGUGUCAAGAAAUUCCCACACGCGUCUUCCACAACACCGCCCGCCAUUGCGACGUGAUAAGCCAGUACGUGUAUCGAUACCACAUAUGCAGAUAAAGUUCAUCUUUCCUGCCAUGGAUCGAUCUUUCAUCUUCAUCCCAAGAGCACUCAGGCCUCAUCAACAAGGAUUUGGAAGGCCACGUGCAAGGGGCAGUUUUGGACCUGGUAUAAUCGGUUUCGACCCUCUAUCAAGUAAAAGGACAAGUGCGUAUGGUGGCAGUGCCUACUCACCAAGCAUAGCGCUCAGUCGAAGAUCAUCUCUCGCUCGAGAAGUAUCGUUCCCCGGCAUGACUCCUCCGAAUCCACUUAAUCUGCCUCAGCAAAGUACAAUGAUCUUGGAUGCUAGCAAGCCUGUUGUACGGUUGCCACCUGCUUCUGAGCAGCAACAGCAGGUAGCAGGUGGCUCCCCGUCCGUCACUUUGCCGCAACUUCCAGCACACCUGGAACAACAGAGACCAGCAUUCCAGGAGAAUCGAACAGAAGACCUCCCAAUGCACCAUCCGAAACCCGAAAGAUCCCUUCAAGUUGCUGGUAUCGAGUCCCCAGCUGUGAUGGAGUUUAAUCCACCUGCUGUACAGCAGCAACCGUUCCAUCAGCAAAUGCCGAUGCAGAUGGCACCUCAAGCUAUGCCUAUGGGUGCGCUGCAGCCUCAACACUCAAGACAUCCAUCACAUCCAAGUCAUACCUCUGGUGGAACGCCUUUGCCUCAGAUACCGGAAGCUGCAAUUCAUGCCCAGCCAUUCCAGCCCUAUCCAUUCGCACCUCCGCAGCACUUCUAUCCUCAGCCGUACCAGCCUCAGAUGUAUUAUUAUCCACCGUCAGAACAGGGCGGUGGAUCUCCCGCCGCAGCUCCACCCUUUGUUCCGGGUCAACAAUAUUUCUACCCAAUGCCUAUGAUGCCGCCGCCACCGCCGCCGCCGCCACCGCCUCAGGCAUCGCAACAAACGGAGCCGGUCCCACAAUCUGGCACUGUUGCUCACGAGGCCGGAGGUAUGGUCUACUACUACGACCCUUCAGAGCUUGCUGCCUCUACAGAGGCCUCUGCCGGAUAUUCAACGAUGUAUGUUACGGCCCCGCCAGCAACUACGAUGGAGGGCGUGAUGCCCCCACCUUUUUACCCACCGCCUCAGGCAUUCUACCCACCUCAGCAAUAA